CUGAUAACCUCUCACAAUGGGAGCUGUGGUAAUUGAUGAUGGUCCUUCUGGAGUUAAAGCCCCCGAUGGCGGCUGGGGCUGGGCUGUUCUCUUUGGAUGCUUUAUCAUCACUGGAUUCUCCUACGCUUUCCCUAAGGCCAUGAGUGUCUUCUUUAAGGAGCUUAUCCGUGAAUUUGGUGUUGGAUACAGUGACACAGCAUGGAUCUCCUCCAUUCUGUUGGCUAUGCUUUAUGGAACAGGUCCCCUGUGUAGUGUGUGUGUGAACCGGUUUGGUUGCCGUCCUGUUAUGCUGGUUGGAGGCCUCUUUGCUUCAGCGGGGAUGAUAACUGCAUCCUUCUGCACCAGCAUCAUCCAGGUCUAUGUUACAGCUGGAGUCAUUACUGGUUUGGGUCUCGCACUCAACUUUCAGCCUUCACUAAUCAUGCUAAAUCGUUACUUUGACAAACGUCGCCCUUUGGCCAAUGGGCUGGCUGCAGCUGGAAGCCCUGUUUUACUUUGUGCUCUUUCACCAUUGGGGCAGGUACUGCAACAUGAAUAUGGAUGGAGAGGGGGAUUUCUUAUCCUGGGUGGGAUACUUUUGAACUGCUGUGUUUGUGGAGCUCUGAUGAGACCUCUGGAACCUCCUAAGAAAACUGAAGAUUCCAAAGCCGUCUCCGAGAAAAAAAUCAAGAAAAAACUACUGGAUUUCAGUGUUUUUAAAGAUCGAGGCUUCCUAAUCUACACAGUGGCUGCCUCCAUUAUGGUACUGGGCUUGUUUGUUCCACCAGUUUUUGUGGUGAGCUAUGCUAAGGAUCUGAAAUAUGAAGACACCAAAGCAGCUUUUCUUUUGACCAUCCUUGGAUUCAUUGAUAUCUUUGCUCGACCAAUUUGUGGAAUAGUGGCUGGCUUGGAAUGGGUUAGGCCCCGCUGUGUCUACUUCUUUAGUUUUGCUAUGAUAUUUAAUGGCGUCACUGAUCUAAUAGGAUCAAUGUCCUACAAUUAUGCUGGGCUAGUGGUCUUCUGCAUUUUCUUUGGCAUUUCAUAUGGAAUGGUUGGCGCUCUUCAGUUUGAAGUACUCAUGGCUAUUGUUGGUACACAGAAGUUUUCCAGUGCUAUUGGCUUGGUUCUUCUGGUUGAGGCAAUGGCUGUUCUAAUUGGACCACCUUCAGCAGGUAAAAUCUUGGAUGUGACCCAUAAAUAUAUGUAUGUUUUUAUUAUUGCUGGUACCGAAGUCGUUACCUCAUCUCUCGUGCUGGCUGUAGGAAAUGCUUGUUGCAUUAAGAAAAAACCAGCGCAUUCACAAGAAAAGGAGGCAGCGGAAAGAGAGGAGUUAAACAAACUGCCUGAAGACUCCAAGGUGGACUCUAUUGAGGUGGAACAGUUUUUGAAAAAGGAACCUGAAAAAAAUGGGGAAGUUGUCACUAAUCCAGAAACGUGUGUGUGAGUGUGACAAGGAUGAAUGGCAUAUAUUUAGGAAAUCCAAGUAACUUUAACACUCUUAUUUUAGAAAUAGGGCUAGCUUAGGGCUGGGCCAUCUGUUUGCCAAACUGGAGGCCAACUUCUUCACUCUUUGGAAGCUGAUUAAAAAUAAAAAAAAUCCCUCCCACUUAAAACAGGAUUGAUCUUCAAGUUAAGCUGCUUGGGUAUAACUACUGUUGUAAACUAAACAAAUGGCCUCCUAAACACACAUAGAGGACCCCCCCCCCCAUAGGCAUCACCAGAAAAACUCUCACUUGGAUGAAAAUGUAUUUUAACUAGAGAGGAAUUAUACAUAAAGUUUCCUGUAACACAGUUGAAAUAGCUGUCUGUUUUUGUGUGUGUGGAGCACCUUAAUGACUAUGUCUGCUUUAGAAGGACUGGCUUAGCAAGAAAAAAUCUCAGGGACUUGGUAGUCUCCAGUAGGUUUUUAAGGCAUACUUUCCCAAAUAUUUUUAGUUCUUUUGGCUCAGCCCUAAUCUAAUUUUGAUAACAUGUACAAUUUUAAAUGACUUUCAGUUUGUCAAUGUAUUUUUAUGAAUUUUUGUUUUACUUGUUUUUACUGGAAAUAUGAUAUAUGUACCAAGAAAGGCACUGAGAUUCUUCCUGGGAAACCUCAUAGUUGCUGUUCCCAAAUAGUGUGAAAAACAAAAGGAAAUUUGUUUAUAAUCCUAAAAGGCCUGCUGAACAAGC